GGCAAAUAAUGUCAAUAUUCAAAGUAUAUAAAUUAGGAAUAAAUUGUAAAUUGGACAUACAUCGAAAUAUUUCUGCAUAUUUUUGGGGGUUUUGAGAGGGACUGAUGUUCUUGCAGCCAAAUGUGAGUUAAAAACAUUACUAAAACUGCUCUCAUAAAAUUGCACGAUAGAUGGCAGGUCAUGUGUUGUCAAAACAGGUACCCCUCUUUGCACGGGGAACAGAAUUCUUUUUACAGUUUUAGCGCUAAAGAAAAGUCCAAAUGCCGUUGUUGCGAUAAUGAAAAAUUAAUACAUGCAUUAAUGCAAAUAUCUAGAGUAAUGAUGACACUUGACACUCAGUGACUAAAAAUGUAUGAAGCAUCUUUGAAACACAUACAAGUAUUUGGAGAACGUGGAAAGCAACCUGGACAGUUUGAGCAGCCAAAUGACAUCACAGCAGAUGAUGAGGGCAGAAUAUAUGUGGCUGACCUACACAGAAUUCAAAUUUUCACCUCGGUAGUUGAUGAGGACUUGAAUAUUGAAUACUGCUACAAAGGCCAUUUUGUUGUGGCUUGUCCUGAAUAUAAACAACAAAUAUGGGGCGGCACUUCAUGUAUUGUAUAUAACAGCAGCCACAAGGAACUAGUACUACCAGUCGUAUACAAAGCAUGUGGGUUGGCAGCGAGAACGAUCCAGUUCCACCAUCUUGACGGCACUUUAAAGCACCAGUUUACAAACAGUAACAUGGCAUCUGGACUCAGGAUUGCAGUCAAUGACGAUCGGGUCCUCAUUUCUGACUGGACCUUACACUGUAUAUUCAUACACAACAGAGAAGGGGAGUGCCUCCAUAAAAUAGCAAGCAGUGACCUUGUAGCCAUAGAGUACCCUUACUUCAUAUGCAUAGGUCACCACGGUGACAUCAUUGUAUCAAACUAUGGCCAAAAUAACAUCAUAACUUUUGAUAAAAAAUACAACUUCAAAUCCAAAUUUGGUUGCCCUGGUCACAAACUCGGGGAUAUUAAGACUCCCACUGGGGUGGCUGUUGACAAACUCGGACACGUCAUAGUGGCUGAGAAGGACAAUAAGAGAGUUCAGUUCUUUAGAAGUGAUGGAACAUUUGUGAAAUGCAUCGGGAAUUCAGAGGAUGGACUAAACUGGCCCAAGGGAAUGUUGGUUCAUAAUGACUCGCUGUAUGUCGUGGAUAAUGUUAGUAAUAAUGUGAAGGUGUUUGAUAUAUAAUGAGAAAUAAAAUGAGAUGAAUUGUGCUUAAUUUUAUAUCUGAUGAAUGCUCUUAGUUGCAUCAUUUUUUUAAAGCAAACUCAUCAAAUCAAAAAUUGAUCUCUCGUGUUAGGAAC